UGAUCUCUAUUUCAUCGCUUCGAUUCGAAUGAGUAAGAACAAAUCGGCCCACGGAUGACGUGGUGGACGCGUUCUAGGGGUGUAAACAAAUAGCACGCCUCCUAAGCCCUUCGCGCCUCUUCUGGAGCGCGCGAAACCGAAGCCAAGCUCCCUCCCGUUUCCUCUCUCCACACGCCAUUGCAACUGCUAAUCCCCUAUUCCACCCCCUCUCUCUCUCUCUCUCUCUCUCUCUCUCAGAUCCCCCUAACAAACCCCAAAAUUAGAGAGGGUUCUAGAGGGUUCUAGAGAGAUCUAGAGAGCGAUGGACGACGCGGCGGUGGCGAAGCAGAUAGAGAAGUUGGUGCGGUUCAUCCUCCGGGAGGCCGAGGAGAAGGCGAACGACAUCAUGAUCUCCGCCGAAGAGGAGUUCGAUAUAACAAAAUCGCAGCUUGUUGAAUCGGAGAAACGGAAGAUCAAAGGAGAAUACGAUCGGAAGUUUAAACAGGUGGAAGUUCGCAGACGAAUUGAGUACUCUAGGCAGGUAAAUGCUUCGCGCGUUAAAGUUCUACAGGUGCAGCAUGAUCUGGUGAACUCAAUGAGAACUGCUUGUAGUGAUAAGCUCUUACGUAUUGCCGAUGAUUCAAAUGCAUACAAAGAGCUCUUGAGAGGUUUAAUUGUUCAGAGCUUGGUGCUUAUGAGAGAGCCCUCGGUGUUGCUAUGGUGUAGAGAGAUUGAUCGCUAUUUGGUCGAAUCUAUACUGGAUGAAGCUGCACAAGAAUACGCAAGGAGAGCAAAAGUUCAUCCUCCAAAGGUUACUGUUGAUGAGAAAGUGUACCUUCCUUCACCUCCAACCCACCAUGAGUGUCAGGAGCAGUUUUGCUCCGGAGGCAUUGUUAUAGCAUCACAGGAUAGAAAGAUUCUGUGUGAGAACACCUUGGAUGCAAGAUUGGACCUUGCUUUUAAACAAAAACUACCUCAGAUUCGGAGGCUGCUUUAUGGUGAAGCCGUUAUGACCUGAAACUUUUGGACAUAUCAUUUUGACCUGAAGCUUUUUGAGACCUUUUGAUUCAAAGAGUAAAAGAGUGCUUCGUUUUGUAAAUGUCGUAUGUAGGAGGUAACCCUGUUGUAUAUACGAAGCCUCCAUGUAUACUCUGGAAUAGUGGUAGCGCAACUAUAAAAAUAUUUGUGGUAUAUUUCUUUUUGAAGUGUGAUUCCAGAAUCUACUAUGAAUUUUCGAU